CGUUCGCGCUCGCUAUCCGUUUACAUGCACGCUCGUUCCGCACUCGCUCGCAUCCUACCAAAGGGGGGCCUUGAUUGAGUCCUCUGUGAUUGUCAGGAAAGAGCAACGUAUAACAGCAGCCUUUGCUAUUCAAUAAACUUAUCGUUGAUCUGAAGACAAUACAAGCCCCCCUCCCACAAGAACAACUGUGCAAAGGCGACUGAUCUGAGGACAGAAACGAUGGCGGAAUCGGGCAGCAGCGCGGUAGCGACUGGAGCCGCGGGCUCGAACAGCAGCGCCGCUGGAGCUGGAGGAGCCGUCGCGCCCGUAGGAGCGAACGGAGGCGCGGGAUCCAAACCUGGCCUGGAAUCGGUGAAGGGACAAAUUUUUGACGUUGGUCCCCGCUACACCGAUCUCCAGUACAUCGGGGAGGGGGCCUACGGGAUGGUCUGCUCAGCUUUUGAUAAUGUGAAUAAGACCCGAGUGGCUAUUAAAAAGAUCAGUCCAUUUGAACACCAGACCUACUGCCAGCGCACCCUGAGAGAGAUCAAAAUCCUGCUGCGGUUCCGUCAUGAGAACAUCAUCGGCAUCAAUGACAUCCUGAGAGCACGGCGCAUUGACUAUAUGAGGGAUGUCUAUAUCGUACAGGACCUGAUGGAGACGGACCUUUACAAAUUGCUGAAGACACAGCAACUCAGCAACGACCACAUCUGCUACUUUUUGUACCAGAUCUUACGAGGGCUGAAAUACAUUCACUCUGCCAAUGUGCUGCAUAGAGACCUAAAGCCCUCAAACCUUCUCAUCAACACCACCUGUGACCUCAAGAUCUGUGAUUUCGGGCUGGCACGGAUAGCUGACCCUGAGCAUGACCACACUGGGUUCCUCACAGAGUAUGUGGCCACUCGCUGGUACCGUGCUCCUGAGAUCAUGCUCAACUCCAAGGGUUACACUAAGUCCAUUGAUAUUUGGUCUGUGGGUUGCAUCCUGGCGGAGAUGUUGUCAAAUAGACCCAUCUUUCCAGGGAAGCACUAUCUGGACCAGCUCAACCACAUAUUGGGCAUUUUGGGGUCUCCAUCUCAAGAUGAUCUGAAUUGCAUCAUCAACAUGAAGGCCAGGAACUACCUCCAGUCUUUACCCCAGAAACCGAAGAUCCCAUGGAACAAGCUUUUCCCCAAAGCAGACAACAAAGCUCUGGAUUUGUUGGACCGCAUGUUAACCUUUAACCCCAUCAAACGUAUAACCGUGGAAGAAGCACUGGCCCACCCCUACCUGGAGCAGUACUAUGACCCCACUGAUGAGCCGGUGGCUGAGGAACCCUUCAACUUCAAAAUGGAGCUGGACGACCUUCCUAAAGAGAGGCUUAAGGAGCUCAUCUUUGAGGAGACUGCACGCUUUCAGGCCAACUACCAGGGCUCCUGAGAGGGACAGCCGUCACGUGGAUUGAGCAAGCAGCGUGGAGUCCGAUAAAGAUAACUCCAGACAACCUGCGAAGACAUAUACAUACAUAUAUACAUAAAAAAGUCAAGAUAAAAAGAGGAAAAAAUACAUGUAAAACUUUCAGCUUUCUUUCACCUGUACAUCUCUGUCGCUGGGAAGCUGUGCGCUAGUUCGGGCAUAUAACCUCUUAUCAUAAUGCCAUUAAUGGGGGCUGUCAGACUCACUAUUGUCAUUGCAUACUGCACACAGCUCCUGCUCUCUGAAACAAUUGCAUCCUUUCUAUCAGUACCCUGCUUCUCCUUCGUUCUUUCUUUCUUUGUCUCUGUUUCUAUCGGUCUCUUUCUCUUUAUGUCUCUCUUGAGGGUGUCUCUAUACUGGUCUGUGUUCCUGGGUGUUUUUGAAUCCAACAGAGAGAAAGAAAGAAAAUCUUUACGAUGGGCACUGGACUGGUAUGUGUGUAUAUAAGUGAUUCUGAGUUUCAUUGGAGUAUUGUAAGUUGGAGAUCUGUUUGUACACUGUAAUUUGAAUGUUACGAUCGGUUACAAAUCGUGUUUUGUAAUGUUGGAAAUUUAUAUUUGAAUAUCUUUUGAAGCUAUACUGUUCAUUACUAGUGUUUUUUUAUUAUUAUUAUUAUUAUUCACUCAAAGACAUGUGAUGUUACAUUUAAAGGACUUUUAUUUUUAUUUUUUCUAUUGAGAGAAAGAGGUCUUGUUUUGACUCCUUACGAUAAAAAGGCAAGAUAAAAGGAAAGCGAGCAAAACACAGUAUAAUAUCCCGGUUAUCAUCUGCUGUAAAAUAUCAUGUUCUACUGUGGCAAACUGACACUUUCUUGCCAAUGUUUUUGGAAAAUUAAGCCAUCAGUAUCAUUUUUAAUGCCGGCUUCCUCUCUAUUGAUCUGUUAGAUUUCUUCUCGUAUUUGUUCAUCCUGUUGAUUUCAUGGAGGUGUGCAGACCUUCAUCGUGCAUUCUUUUCCCUUUUUGGGGGUUGAUAAAGAUUUCUUUAUGGAUAACAAUAGUUGUCAUUGGUUACCAUGUUCCAUGGCUACUGUUGCCAUGAUUCCUUUUUUAUAAGUCACACAUAGUUCCCCGCAUUCUAGCUUUGUUACCUAGUGCAAAUAUCCGUCCCUUAUGCUACAUACGUCGAGACUGUUCUUUCUUUAGCCUAUUGGUGUAAUUGUUCUGGAUUGAUUGUGGAAUCAUAGCCAAGUUUAACGCUUUCAGAG